AUGACAACCCCGAUCCUUCUGAUGAUAACGGUCAGUGGCGAGUCAAUUAGUUCAAUUGUGCAUAAUUUUGCUCGUGAGCAAGUGUCUAAGAGGUUUGGUUUAAUGGGAAAUGGUUUAGUCGUAGAGGAGAAAGUAGCAGAUGGUUCACUGAGUGUUUUAGAACGAAACGAGGGACUUGAAGAUGGCUCCAAUGCCUCUGUUGUGUACAAGGCAAUACCAAAAGAUCAAGGUCAACAUACUGGAGACCGGAACAAUCAGGAGUCUCAAGGGUUAACUGAGUGUUCAGCAGUUCACCUGAAAAAUCUUCCUGCAAACUACACCAUUGACUCUAUUGAAAAUGCAUUUAAGGAGUUUGGAGCAAUUAAAAGUGGUGGAACUGAAGUUUGGGUUACGGGGGACAUAGGAGAAUUCACGAGGAAGAAGGGCGAUCAAAACAGACAUGGAAGCGACCAAGUGAAAGGAACAAUAGUGGUUGAUGAAACUUGGUUUCAGAACUGGCUUAAGACAAUGGAGGAACGUACUAGUAAGGUUGAAAAGGAAGAGAGAGGAACAAUUGUAGUUGAUGAAGUUUGGUUUCAGAACUGGCUUAAGACUAUGGAGAAACGUACUAGUAAGCUUGAGGAGGAAGAGAGACGCAUAGGAGAUUUCUGGGACUGGCAGAGGUCAAUGGAUAAACAGAGUAAAUUUCGUGAGGAAGCAGGGGAAACAGGAAUUGACCAUUCUUGGGACUAUAAUGUGGUAAUGGAGGAACAGAGGAAGUUUAUGAAGGAAGAUUCAGGAGGAGAAAGAAGAAGAAAACCAAAACUAGACCUUGACUAG